AUUAUCUUGGGUCUGUUCAAUUUGAAGUUAUUUCAUAAAUGUAACGAAUCUUUAUCUAUUCUGUUACCGAAUUUCGGAUCGUACGAAUUAUAAUCGGCACGUUGUUAAGUCAUUGUCACAAUGACAAAUAAUAAUUAUAAUUGUGCAAAUAAUAAUUACAUUUGAUAAAAGGAAAUUCUUCCAUUGUGGAAGUAUAUUCAAACCAUGUUUUGCUGACAAAUGCAGUUCAGAUUCAUCGCUCACAAUAAGCGUACCUUAGUAAAUAUAAGUAAAUUUUUUGCGAUUGAACAUUUUUGCCUGAAAAUUCACAAAAUGAAAGUCUCUCAAUUGAUUUGCAAUGUUCGAUCUCUUAUCGCCAUCAUUAUUUGUGCUGUCGUAUUAGUUUCGAUUGGAUACUAUCUUCUGAAAACGACGAACGAGAAUGAUUCAACUAAAGGUGAAGCUAAUGAGAUGUCAUUUAACGUUGAAGUCGUGCCUUCGCCAAAAACCCUUGUUGGUACUCGGACACACUGGGACGCGGAUCAGCAGAGUUUAUAUUACUGCGAUGUUUAUGGCAAUGAUUCGGCUAUUUUGCGUUACGACUUCAAUGAAAAUAAAGUGUAUACAGCGGGAAUUGAUGGAGAAUUGGUGACACCAUUUGUGAUUCCGGUGGCAAAUUCCUCGAAUGAGUUCGCAGUUGGUUUGGACCGACGAGUGGGAAUCGUACAAUGGGACGGCAAGUCACCCAAGGCUACCCUUGACUCAAUCGCAUUUGAAGUUGACAGUGACAAGAGCAACAAUCGCUUCAACGCUGCUAAAGCUGAUCCAACAGGGCGAUUCUAUGGUGGAACGAUGCUAUCAGAAAAGAAGGGUGAUAAUUUAGAAAUUGCAGCCGGUAGAUUGUACAAAUAUAUCAAAGGCGAUAAUAGUCCUCAAGUGGUUCUUGACAACAUUUACGUAUCGAACGGAAUGGCAUGGGACCAAAACAACAACAAAUUUUACUACAUCGACUCGGGCAAAUUUGAUGUCAAAGAAUACGAUUACAAUCCAAACACUGGAAACUUCUCCAACGAGAAAGUGGUCAUUGAUUUUAGCAACAAUGGCGCACAUCCCGGUUUUCUUCCUGACGGCUUGACCAUUGAUACAGAUGGAAAUCUGUACAUAACAUUCUACGGAGGAUCGAAAAUAUCCAAAGUUAAUCCAAAAAGCGGUAAAGUUCUCUUGGAUAUUCCAUUCCCGGUAAAGCAAGUGACUGCAGUAUCGUUUGGAGGACCGAAUUUGGACAUUCUAUAUGCAAUAACGGCCGCAGAUGGUGACUCAUCUGAGUUCGCGGGAUGUUUAUUCAAAGUCACUGGAUUGGGUGCCAAAGGCUUCGCAGGCGAUAAAGUGCGCUUAUAGAGUCCGGUCGUAGAGAUCCAUUUUUUCCAAACUUUUCAAACGAACAAACGAAACAAAAAAAUCGUAUCGAACGAACGAACAAACAAACAUUCAAAACCAACAGUAUCCAUAGGAUGUAGACUAAAACAUAUUCAAUGACAUUUUUUCUUGAGUUAAAUUAUCAUGAUAUCACUUAACAACACGUGCCCCGAGUGUAAACAAAAAAAGUAAUAUUCUGAUAUCAUGUAAACUGAAUGUAUUUUAUCAGACAUGAAAUUGAUAACAAAAUCAACAAAAAGUAUUGACUUGAUUGAAAAAUAUACACUUUAAA